UGUAAACUCAGGCUUCUCAGAUUCUGCAUUGCGAUUGGAUCUCGGUAGAGAAGGAAGAAGCCAGCUUAUUUCAACACACUAUCAACAUGAAUUGCCAUCAAGAUCAGUUCAUGUGGGAACUAAGAAAAAUUAUCGCUGUAUUUUCUAUUUUGUUUAUGGCAGAGACAUUGGCUUUAAGGAAUGUCAAGGUGCAAGUACCAUCCGCUGUGAACAGAGGAGACACUGCCUGGAUCAACUGUAGCUUUGACCUGGAAAGUGAUGAAAUAUACUCUACCAAGUUUUAUCUUAAUGAUUUGGAGUUUUUCCGAUACAUCUCGUACUUGGAUGAUACUCCAGUCAGUGUCUAUCCAUUUGCUGGUAUCUACGUCGAUAAAGGGAAAUCGUCUUUUGCUAGCGUUUUUAUGUAUACGACAGACUUCAAUUCAGAGGGAAAUUACAAGUGUGAAGUUUCGAUAGGACCUCCUACAUUCCAAACCAUCGUUUCCAAACCUGGUUAUAUGCUGGUGAACGUUCCACCCAGGCAUAUUCCUAUUAUAAAUGGAGUUCGCUUACAAUACGCUAGAGGGGAGAAUCUUACAGGAACGUGUAUAUCUGCAAGGUCCAAGCCACCGUCGACAAUUAAGUGGUAUAUUAACGACAAAGAGGUAAGCUCAAAGUUUGUUAGGAUUCGAAUCCUAGGAUCCAAUCCCAAUGAUUAUGUUUCCGUUGUGAGUGACAUACAUUUUACCGUUCAACCACACCAUUUUGUGAAAAGCAGAAUGUUCAUACGCUGUACCAGUUACUUCAAUGAACUAGAAUAUAGCCGUGUUAUCGAUAUUACAGACAAGGACAACAAAAACAAUUGGAUUGACAGCGCAAAACGUAAUUCAGCGUCUUCAUCGUUUAAUGGAAGACUUCCAUUGGUGUUCGUUCUCCUGUGUAUAAGACGACUUGUGGAACACAUUAAUUAUUUCCUGCCAAAUUAAUGACUAUGGUUUGCUUGUUAAUGAGAAAUGGGAAGGAAACUAGCUGUAGGUUAUUGUCCCCGAUGGAAUCAGCAAAGAAAGAAAGAAAUUAUCGUUUUGAACAUUGUAUCCAUUUUAGUUAAAAAUCAUUUUAAUUUUGGUAAUGUUAGUUCAUAAAGUUUAUGCAAAUAGAAAAAAAAAUGAAUUAUCAUAUGUGUUUACUUCUUAAAGUUAUGAAACAUCACGUAUAAAUAAAGUAAAUGUUUUUAAAGGUGAAA